AAACUUUAUGGAUUAACUAUUUAGAAGUUUUCUGAUGUAAUAAAAUACAAUCUGGUUGGAAUUUUUAAUAUUUUGCUUUAAAUAUAUUUAUAAGAAUCAUCUAAAAUAUUUUAAAAAGAGAAUUCAAUAAAUUUGCCCUAAAAAUGUCUGAGGAAGAAUCGAUGUUUGAUCCAACUUUGAAGAAAAAGAAGAAGAAGAAGAAGACUCCUUUUGACAUUGACGCAGCUCUUGCGGAAGGUGGUGAUUUAGGUGAUACUAAUGAGGGAACAGGUGAUAAAGAGAAUCAAGAACCCGAGGCCAUGAAUGCCGAUGACGAUGAAGUCCUAGAUCUAGAAUCAUUUGGAAAAAAGAAGAAAAAGAAAAAGAAGAAAUUCAAUCUUGAUGAAUUGGAUGCAGCUCUGCCAGAUUUAAAAAAAGAGGAUGCAUCGGAACCACAAAUGGAGGAUCCCUCAGUGGAUGAUAAUUUAGAUUUGGAUAUGGACUUUUCAAAAACGAAGAAGAAGAAAAAGAGAAAGAAGGAUCUCGAGGAAUUGAUUAAUGAAGAGGAGAAAAAGGAAGCAGAUGACACUGAAAAUGUCGAAGAAAGCAAUCUUUGGUUUGGAUCGGAUAGAGAUUACACAUACGAUGAACUUCUUUUGCGAGUAUUCAACAUUAUGAGAGAAAAGAAUCCUGACAUGGUAGCCGGAAAGAAACAGAAGUUCGUUAUGAGACCACCACAAGUCGUUCGUAUUGGAACGAAAAAGACGUCGUUUGCAAACUUUACGGAGAUUUGCAAAACUCUACACAGACAGCCGAAACAUUUAUUAGAUUUUUUGCUGGCCGAAUUGGGAACAAGUGGCUCUGUGGACGGCAAUAGUCAGCUUAUUAUAAAAGGUCGUUUCCAACAGAAACAAAUAGAAAAUGUUCUGAGGAGAUACAUUAAGGAAUAUGUCACAUGCCACACAUGUCGUUCUCCCGAUACUAUUCUACAAAAAGAUACUAGACUCUUCUUUCUUCAGUGCGAAACUUGUGGAUCUCGAUGCUCAGUUGCCAGCAUUAAAUCCGGUUUUCAGGCCGUCACUGGAAAAAGAGCUGCUAUUCGUGCAAAAACUGCCUAAGCAUUUUUCUACAUUAUUCUGUAAUACAGAAAUUUUUACGGGCAUCGAAAUUGUUCAUAAAUUAUUAUACUUACUGUACAUCUUAAUUGAGUAUAAUAUAACAAUAUUUGGAUGAAAUAGAAUUUUAAACAAAAAAAAAAAAAUAAAUAAAUAAA